AUGACUUUUACCAUAGGACAACCAACAAAAGUACGUUUUCAUGUUUGGGUUCUUGGCCUAGAUUCUAUUGAUGAAGGUUCAAUGACUUAUGUAGCCGAUAUAUUUAUGUCACAAUCAUGGAAAGACAAUCGUUUAAUAAUACCGGAUGAUAUUGUUUUCAAUGUAAAUACAAGUAAUGAUCCACGUGGUCCAUAUCGUUUAUUACCAUUAACAUUUAUUGAUAAAAUAUGGAGACCAGAUUCAUUUUUUAAGAAUGCAAAAGAAGUGACCUUUCAAGAAAUGACCAUUCCUAAUCAUUAUAUUUGGCUUUAUUCGGAUAAUACCAUUCUGUAUAUGGUCAAAUUGACAUUAUUAUUAUCAUGUGCAAUGAAAUUUCAAACAUAUCCACAUGAUACACAAAAUUGUACAAUGAAAAUUGAAUCCUUUCGUUGUCGUAGUCUAACUAGAUUAGAUAAUUUAGAAUUUAAUCAAAUUAUUUCUGAUUCAAAUUAUAAUCAUAAUCAGAAUAAAAUCAAUGAAUCGAUGAAAUGUUCGAUGAAUGAAGAUGACGAAGAAGAUGUAUUUCUGGGUGAUAAUCCGAUGAACAGUUGUCGUCGAAAUAGACAACAACAACAAACAAAUGAUCGUAAACAAUCAUUUAUAUAUGCAUUUCCAACACCAUCCAUUUAUGAUGAUCAAAAUUUUUGUUAUCGUAGUUGGCGUGUGCCACCAUUUCAACAAACAACAGCGACAACAGGU